CCCAGAGCAUCAGCUGGUCUGCGGCUAUGGUUUUUCUCAUGUUUCUCCAGCCAGAGUCCACCGUGGGGCGGGUAUCUAUGGAUAAACGUGUCUGCAAGUGGACAUGAGCUGUUCCUGGUGGAGCGGAGGCUCUCUCCAGCAAUGUGUCAACAUCUGACAGUGGUGUCUGAAGCCAAGUCUGAAAGCCAAGACCUGAACCGCAUUUUGGAUGAAGGACAUAACGACUCGCUCAUUGCUAUGUUCUCUGUCCCUAGAGUAGUUGCUGGUGCAGAGGUGUACUGGUUAGAUAGCCAGGAGCAAAUACACAAGCCCGUCCUCAUCUGACAGCUCUGUGAAGCAGCAAGACCAGGACCCCGCAGGCUGCCCCUGGUCCCAGAGGAAGGCGAGCAUAGCCCAAGACUCAGCAAGCCCAAGGAAGCCCGGCCUCGCCCAUCUCCAGGCUGAGCUCCGCAUCGCUGUGUCUGACGGGGCCCCUACAGGCGCAGGCCCGGGGCUCAGUCAGAGCAGCACUGGGUCAGAGUGACUGGGGUGUCGGGGUGCUGGUGUAAGAUGUACCAAAGAAUGCUUCUAGGCAGAGAUGGCAGAGCCUAGCGCCGCUGUGGAGGUCCAGUGGAGGCCCCUGGCCCUGCCAGUGCUCUGAGACGGCCAGGAGCUGUGGCUACCCCACCCCUGCCCUGCGGAGUAAACAUUCCCAGAACCUCCCACGGUGCAAACACUUGCUCCGAGCUGGCAGCUGGGCCAGACCCCGCCCGCCAAGCUGUUUUCCUCUGAGAGCCUUCCUGAGCACUGCUAUUUUUGGCCCUGUGUGACAGUAAUUGAUUGCCGGUGGAAAGGUAUAAAAGCAGCGGCCAGGCCCCGAGGCUUGCCAGACAGCUCAGGGAGGCUCUCACUCUGGGCAGAGCCCUGGUGCGUCGUCCUCCUUGUCCCUCUUGCAGCAAUCCGGCUCUGGACACCGGCUCCAGCUCCUCGACCCUGGGCCCUUGGCCCUGAGUUUCCUGGGUGCUUCCUGAGGGCUUCCUUGCUCAUCCAUCUCCCCUGCCAGCUACAGGUUGCUGCCUCCCUGUCACCGGCAGCCAUGAGGUCCCGGCUCUGGCUUUCUGUGGCUCUCCUGCCCACAAUUCGGGAGACCUCGGAGGAGAUGCUACCUGGAGGGGCUGGAGAGGAGCCCCCCGCCUCCCCCAGCCUGGAGGACUACGUGAGGUCCAUUUGUCAGCUGGCACAGCCCACCUCCGUGCUGGAUGAAACUGCAGCCAGGGUGCGAAUCAGCAGACCCCCCCGGCCAGCCCGUUCCUGUGCGGAGAGCUCCCCUGCUGGGUCUCUACAGGACAUCACCACUCGCUCCACUGGCCAGCAGCCCUCCCUGCCCAGGACUGGCCCUGUGGACCCCCUGGACUGGCUCUUUGGGGAGUCUCAGGAGAAGCAGCCAAGUAGAAGGGAUGUACCACGGAGGACUGGACCCUCCGCUGAUCCCUGGGCUUCUCGCAGACAGACGGACAGUGGCAAGGCACCAGGGACCCCCAGAGGGAGGCUGAGUGAUGCCAAGGCUCCAGGGCACUCUCUGCAGAGAACGUCGAGGGACUGGCACCAGUGCUCCCAGGCUUCUGGGCAACCUGGACAGGAUGUGGGCUCCCCCGCAAGCCCUCGCCACAGCAGCAUCCUCAGAACUCUCUAUUUGCACCUCCCGGUGAUCCAUGAACUCUGAGGCCUCCCCAAUAAAGACUUCUGUAAAUAGCA